UGUGAUACAUCAUUGGAAUGCUUAAAAUCUUAAUUUUCUGGGGGAAGAAAAUUUUUAACAGCAGGGCAUUUAAAAAAAAAAAAAAAAAAAAAAAUUUAAACAGCAAAACCCGAACUGGAGGUGAGAGCAUGCGAGAGCAGAAUUACAGACGCCAUGACUUUAACGAGAUAUUAUCACGUACUUACCUUGUUUCGAAUACACACAUCCGGUGAGUGUAUCGUUUGUUUGUUAGCGCUGCUACUAGUCGCUAAUCUCCUAGUGCUCCUCAAUUUGUUUUAUCCCACGGACACAUCGGAGAAUCGAUCCUAGGCUGGUUCGGCUCUCCUAGUGCUCCUUAAUUUGUUUUAUCCCACGAUUUAACAGGUCGUGGAUUAAAACUACUCUACUCUCCUCUUUAGCUCUAUCUUGCUAGCCUAGCUUAUCCGAGCUAUGGCUAGCCCUCUGCCUUCUUCCUCCCGUCUUUUCUGCUCAGUGUGCUGUAUGUAUAGCGAGCACCCUGGCUCCUUCGUCGAGGGCAGUAGUAGCUGUAGGAAGUGUAGCUUGGUCUCAGGGUUGGAGACCAGGGUUUCUGAGCUAGAAGCACGGCUCUGCACUCUAGAGACGAAAGCUAGUCCUAGCUAUAGCCAGGUAGUGGCAGGGCCCGCAGGUCGUGCUUGCAGUAGUAGGAUUGCUAGCGCAGUUAGCCCCCCAGCGAGCCCCGUGCAGCCGGGGGAAAUUAAGGACGGAUUUGUGACUGUACGGGGGAAGCGCAGUGGUAAACGCACAACCUUAGUGCACCAGCAGCUUCACGUCAGCAAUAGGUUUGCCCCCCUCAGCGACACACCGGCUGAACCAGACACUCUCGUAAUUGGAAGCUCCAUAGUUAGAGACGUGAAGCACCCGGCGGUGUCUGUCAGGUGUUACCCAGGGGCCAGAGUCGGUGACAUCGAAGGAAACCUCAGGCUCUUAAAGCAGAGUAGGAAGAGGUUCCGCCGUAUCGUGAUUCACGCAGGCGGUAACGACGCCCGGCGGAGACAGUCUGAGGUGCUUAAAUUAAACGUAGCCUCGGUGUGUGAACUUGCUAAGUCGAUGGCGGACACUGUAGUUUUCUCUGGUCCUCUGCCUAAUUUGGUCAAUGAUGAGAUGUACUCUAGAUUCUCAUCAUUUAACCGCUGGUUGUCUAGAUGGUGCCCAGAAAACGAUAUAGUCUUUGUUGAUAACUGGCACGCGUUUUGGGGCAAGCCCGGGCUCAUGCGCCGAGACGGCAUUCAUCCGACUUGGGACGGUACUGCUCUCUUAACUCGAAAUUUGGCCGCCAAACUAAGUCUCCCAAAGUGACACUUCAGAGUGGGGG